AUGGGUGACUUUGGACGGUGCUACGGACGAGGUGGAAAGGGUGAAAUGGGCUUUACUGGAGUCAAAGGCUUUGAAGGCAACCCUGGAUUGGCUGGCCUUCAGGGGGAACAGGGUGACGCUGGAUUCCCUGGGCUGGACGGCAUGCCUGGAGCUAAGGGCAAUCGCGGUGAGCCCGGUGAUUUCGGAAUGCCCGGAAGAAUGGGUCUGAGUGGAAUUGACGGAUUACCUGGACUCUCAGGCUUGAAGGGUCUACCCGGUCUAAUAGGUCUUCGGGGUGAAUCCGGUGCCCAAGGACUAAUCGGUGAGAAGGGCUUCCAGGGCGAGAAAGGACGGAGGGGUUUGCCCGGGAGAUCAAUAUCCGGCGUGAAGGGACGGCCGGGUGCUGCCGGAAACAUGGGCCCUGUCGGCGAAAAGGGACUUCCCGGCCUCGAUGGCAAAGUGGGCAAAGUG